ACUGACCCCAGUUUUCUAAUUGCCAUUUCCUUUCAGUUUUUCCCAGCCAAACUCUCAGGUCUGGAGGAGGACUUUUUGGUGUUUUUUCUCUUCAACACAUCAUCUGAAGCAGCUGCCUCAAAGAUUGCAUUGCAUUCUGCCUCUAUAGUGCAAUGACCUCACUCAGCCUGUUCCCCUUGUUAUAUUGCCUCAUCGUCCUACAAGUCUGUUUUUCCAGCCAGUUGGAAGACAACAAGAUCCCUCCCAGUCUGUGCACUGGCCACCCUGGCACCCCGGGCUCUCCUGGGAUUCAUGGCAGUCCUGGUCAGCCAGGGAGAGAUGGAAGAGAUGGGAGGGAUGCAGCUCCGGGAGAGAAAGGGCAGAAGGGGGACAGGGGAGAUACAGGUGAGACAGGAGUGCGAGGACUGACUGGAGACAAAGGUUACCCUGGAGAAAAAGGGGAUAGAGGCCAGCCUGGAGAGUGUGCAGUGGCUCCUAAAUCAGCUUUCAGUGUCAAACUGUCUCAGAGCCACACUUUUCCCCUAAAUGUUGGCGAUGCAGUCCUCUUUGACACAAUAAUCCUUAAUGAACAGGGGGAUUACAACACAGCGACAGGACGCUUCACCUGCAAGGUCCCUGGAGUCUACUACUUUGCAGUCCAUGCCACCGUGUACCGCGCCAGCCUGCAGUUUGACCUGAUGAAGAACGGACACGCGGUGGCAUCUUACUUCCAGUUUUAUGGUAACUGGCCCAAACCGGCAUCUUUGUCUGGCGGCUCCCUGCUUCACCUGAUCCCUGGUGACCAGGUGUGGGUCCAGAUAGCCCUUUCAGAGUACAAUGGGUUUUACUCCAGCACCAAGACUGACAGCACCUUCACUGGCUUCCUGGUCUACUCAGACUGGAAAAACUCUGCUGUUUUUGCAUGAGGUGUGUGUAAAAUACUCAUAAACUAGUCUAGCAGUGACAAAUGAAAAACAACUCUUUCUCUUUUUCCCUUAUUGGUGUUUGAGGUUGGGAAGCUCUGCAUAAAGGCAAAUGAACUGGUGGUUACAGCUGUAUUUCUGUGUUUUACUUGAACUGUAUAUAGCGCACAGCUGAUGUUUUACAAACACUAAACAGUUCUGUUUAUUCUGAAUCUGCUCAGUCCUUGAACUGAGUGACAUUUAUUUCUUCUCACAGAUGUUGCACUUUGGCUUCUGGAAAGACCCGGGCCUUAAAUUCAAAUAGCUUUCAUGCCAUCACUGCACUGUGUUUUAUGAAACAUUAAUGUUUUAUGAAAUAUUAAUAAUAAUACAUUUGUAGACCACAUAAAAGUCUCUGGAUGUCACACUUUUGGCCACAUUUUAGGCGACAAAGUGACAGAUGAGGCGCUGAGCCGCUUUAAGAUAACAGUUUUUCUACACAUUUAUUUAUGUCCAAAUUCAAACAUUUUCAAACUCAAAUCAGCAGAGUUCUCAGUCUGUUUUAGGCCCCUUAAUAUAAAACCAAAGAUCAGCAUAUGCAACCAGCAAAAAUGAUGGAUGGAUGGAUGGAUGGGUGGAUGGAUGGAUGGAUGAUGGGGGACAGAAUAAAGUCUGGCAGGGCAAAUAUUUUUCCAUGCUUUAUACCUAGAAAUACUAUAGGUACAUUUUUCCAAACUACAUAGGAACUCUGUAAAUAAAUGAAAAAUACAAAAAUCAUUAAAGAGAAAUGUUUAAAAAACAUAUCUGAAAGUCAUUUAAAAUCACAUAUUCCAGAGAAGUUUGUUCCCUUUCUAAAACAGGAGGAAUUUUACAAAACAUACUGUAUGUAAAUUCUCACUUCCAUGGCAGUAUUCCUUCAUCUGCCUGAACACACAUAUGAACUACAGAGAGUUCCCAUUGUUAAUCUGUAGGGUUUUAUUUCGUCGACAGCCCACCCUUUGUGGCAAUAACAGCUUCACCUCUUCUGGGAAGGCUUUCCACAAAGGUUUAGGAUGGUGUUUAUGGCCAUAUCUGACCAUUCUCCCUAAAGCAUAUUCGUGAGGUCAGACACUAAUGUUGGAUAAGAAGGCCUGGCUCAAAAUCUACACUCUAUUUCAUCCCAAAGGUUUCUGUCUUCUAACUGUCUGAUAGAACAUUUUGCAUCAAAACAGACAAGUUCACCUCGGACUCUGCUCCCGUAACCUGCGGUUCCACAAAGGGUCAGUUCAGGGGCCAUUUGUGUUUUCUAUUUACAUUUUAACUUUAGCUGGUAUUAUUCUCUGUUUUUAUGACUUAUCCUAUCAAAUCUAUACAGAUGACAUUGAAUUAUAUGCAUUGCUUAAACCACACCAGCUGGAUAGGCUCUGCAAUGUUCCAAUAAUCCUUGUCCACUGUUUAUUUCGGAUCAGUGACCGGCCCCCAGGAAUUUCCUGGCUUUAAACAGAAAUAAAACAGACUUUUACAAUAGUUUCUAGUUACCUGCAUUCUUAAAUCAAUCAAACAGUUGCUUCUUUUUGCCCAAAUCCAAGGUAAAAAUCUAGGAAUUACAUUUGACGUCUAAUGAGGCUUUGACUCACACAUCAGAUCUAUUUCUCAUUCCUUUCUUUUAUCGAGGAAACAUUUUUAAAAUAUGAGACAUGGUCUCCUGAGCAGAUUUAGCGGACAUUAUUCACGCAUUUGUGUCAUUGCUUUUAGACGUCCUUAAUGCUCUUUUUUAAUCGGUCUUGACAAAUCAUCAAUUUAACAUCUGCAAGCAAUUCAGAACCCAGUAGUCAGACUUCUUAUUAAAUCUAGUAAACACUUCCAUAUCUCCCUCUCUUAUACUUUCUACAGUGGCUCCCUGUGGAUUUCAAAAAUCGGUUUAAUGUACUUGCUCUCAGCUACAGGGGUCUAAAUGACCAGGCUCCUGAUUAUUUGUGUCAGCUAUUAACCAAUCUGUCAUGAUUUUAGUGUGCUCUUGUAUGCUUUUUAUACUAUGUACAACACAUAUUUGAUUUAUGUUAUAAAAUGCUUUGUGACUUUGUGUCUUUGAGAGAUGCUGUAUAAAUAAACUUUAUUUACUUACUUCUA